AGCAUCACAACGAUGUGGGGGAACAGAGAUGUUGCCGCUCGUGGAAAAAGAACAAUGUUGAAGCAACUCUCCCUUUAUCUCAAGCGAGUGUUUCCAGUCUUGGGAUUACAGGCACGUUCCCUCUGGAUUUCCUGCCCACUGAAGGAUGCUCUGUUCUGACGCCGUUCCUGCCGUGCCCACAGUAAGGACUACAGGACUUUUCUCACUGUUUCCAGCUACCUGCCCGAGAGCCACCGAUCCAGCUGGAGGAGUCGCGUGCAGCCCAUGGAGUCCAGCCCCAUGGUAGAGCCACUCCACGCUUGUGCUUGGCAAUAGAGAGAGACGCAAAGAGAUUAGAAACAUUGGCACCUGAUCAGCUCCAUGGUUUUCUGACUUUAUCCAGGCUGUGAUUUUUGGCAUCUGAUAAAGAGAUGACCCAGGAACAGUGUCCACAUAGGAACAAUGUCCAAAGCACCGAAAAGCCACAAGUGUAUAAAGUGGGAAUCUACGGCUGGCGGAAACGUUGCCUUUACUUUUUUGUUCUCCUCCUCAUGAUCCUCAUCGUGGUCAACCUUGCUCUCACCAUCUGGAUCCUCAAAGUCAUGAACUUCACUAUAGACGGCAUGGGCCACUUGCGCAUCACGGAUAGAGGCCUGAAACUGGAAGGCGAUUCAGAAUUUCUUCAGCCGCUGUAUGCCAAAGAAAUCCAGUCCAGACCAGGAAGUCCAUUGUUCCUGCAAUCCUCUAAGAAUGUUUCUGUCAACAUCCUCAAUGAGAAGAAGCAGUUAGUAUCUCAGCUCAUUGCAGGUUCUCGGGGAGUUCACGCACGGGGUAAGAUGCUGGAGGUGAAAUCGAGUACAGGAAAGCUUCUAUUCUCUGCGGACGACCAUGAGGUGGUAGUCGGUGCAGAGAGAUUACGAGUUAUGGGAGCCGAGGGGGCCGUGUUCAGCAGCUCGGUGGAGACUCCGCACGUGAGGGCCGAGCCUUUCAAAGAGUUACGACUGGAGUCUCCCACGCGUUCACUAUACAUGGAAGCUCCUAAAGGUGUGAAGAUAGAAGCGGACGCAGGUGAUUUUCAAGCGACCUGCAGGAGCGAUUUGCGUCUGGAGUCGAAAGAUGGAGAGAUCAGCUUGGAUGCCAAGAAAAUCAAGCUCCUACGCCUGCCCGAGGGAAAGGCCUCCCCCUCUGGAAGCAGACAGACUGUGUUUGAGGUGUGUGUCUGUCCCAAUGGAAAACUCUUCUUAUCACAAGCAGGAACUGGCUCUACCUGCCAGAUCAGCAACAACGUAUGCCUCUAAAAAUACACACACACUCGCACAUGAAGAGGAUCGGCUCCUCUUGAAGAAUCCAACCGGAACUGACAAUGGAUUUUCUCAAAAUACUUUCAGAGUGACGUCCUCUCUUUUCAUAAACAACGUCGGAACCAGAAACUUUUGAGGUGAUCACCGGAAUACAAUUCAACACGACAGUCGCCGAUCAGCUCCAAAACCAAUGUUUUGUUUUUCAUUAAGAUUUGAUCUAUUUUUACAGCCAUUUCAAUAAAGACGGGACUGUGGGCGCUAUCGUACAUAAAUAUGACAUUUCUCCUCUUUUCUGAAGUCAGAAUCAUUUGAAACAGAAUAUCACAUGUUGUGCUAUUAUUCAAGUCUGUGAAAUACAGAAAUACAGCUACAUUUAUUCGGCAGACACUAUCCAAAGUGACUUGCAGCAGAUUCAACCUCUUUAUUUUUAUCGUUUCCUGGAAAUCCAACUACAGCCAUCUGCAACACCAAUCUGAUAUUUCCUUCCAACGGAAAACCUUUGUGACGGUGAUCACCUGUAUCCAAACUGUGCUCACACCGGGCUCCAACCCGUGCGCCCACUUCUGUUCAAAAAGGAGAACAGCGCCUGUGCCUUAAUUCAAUGCACUCGUGGCAAGAAGCACACCCCACUGACUUUUAUUUAGACAUGGAGACUUCGAUUCAUUUCAGUUACUUGCCUUUUGCUCCCGAAAAUUAACUUUUUUUAAUUACGCGAAAAAUGCAGUGACACCUAAUGACCCCGUUUAGAAACAGAUUAACUCACCCGUUAUGUUGCCGAUAAUCGCUUUCAUUUGGAAUGGAGAAGAGAACCUUAUCUGUGAUUUAGAUUUCAAGUUUUGUUUUUCUGCUUGUUUCGUUUUGCACAGAAUGAGGAUAAGUUGUGUUCGGGGGAAACAUUUGUUUCCGUGUGUUUUUAAAACUGAUUUAAACUUUUGUGUUCUUGUGUGUGGUUGAAAACUAAAAUGUGCUACACGAACCGCUGAGACCCAACCAAAAUUGAUGCUGUCAUUGUGUCAUGUAAUGAGACUCUGAAAGAUUGAACUGAAAGAUGACUGUUCCCAUGAUCAUACAGAGGGAUUUGUCUUUGUUAUGGAUGAGUUUGAUUGUAAUUGAUUUCACCCUCUGUCUAAUAAUCUAACAAGUUUAAUUAAAGUUUUAAAGUUCUAAAUGACCACAAAUUAGAUCAUAACCUCAUUUCUUUCUUCACCUCUGGAAUCUAUACAGAUGUGUGUUAUAUACACGUAUGUUAACAAUUUGAGCUGGAAUUCUAAUUUGAGAAAAUAAUUUGAAGAAAUAAAAGUUAGGAUUGUAGGAUGUAAGGAAUUUAAACAACAUAUGUCUUAUAACAAAGUAAUAAGGGGAAAAGUUUUCUGUCACUAAUGAAAAUUGUAUGAAUGGCCAUGUCAGCUCUUUUCUUCAAUUCAAUCACACAAGAUGAUUUUUUAAAAAUUGACAAAUCGAUGAUGAGAUGUGGGGCUGUUUAACGAUUAAUCGCAUCCAGAAUAAAAAUGUGUGUUUUUAAUAACCUAUGUCUGUGAAAUGUGCAUAUUAAUUAUGUAUUUAUAAACACAUACACAUACAUGUUUAUAUUUAAGAAAAAUAUACAAAUGAAUAAAUGUUUAUAUGUAUUUAAAGUUUUAAUUUAAUAUUAAUAUAUACACAAGGAAAUAUUUCCUAAAUAUAUACAUGUGUCCAUGUAUGUGUUUAUACAUGCGAAAUGAAUAUGCACAGUACACAGCCAUUACAUAUAUUAUGUAAUCACAAACUUUUAUUCUGGAUGCGAUUAAUCGUUGAACAGCCCAACUGAGAUGAAGUAUAGAUCCUCAAAUGUGGAAUCAAAUACAAAGACAUUCUGAAUUUUCUUAAAUUCUCAAUCAUGUCAAAGUGUGUGCUGAUAGUUUUCUUUUUUUAUUAUGCAUACAGAAGCAUUUUCACUCGUGGUCUCAGACUUUUGAACCCGACUGUACGUUUGCCCAAAUAAAAAUAAAAAAACCUCAAGUACUCCUAUUAGACUCAGACCGACUCCGUGAAGCACUUUUUCACAUUUUCUCCUGUAUAAUUACAAUCAUUUCACACUCCAAUGAAUAAUAUCCCACUGAAGGAAGAAAAAAAUUCCCUUGAUAUAACUAAUGUGAUUCUCACUGUAACUCAUUACCACUGGCACACUAAAUUUGAAGCAAUGAGGAAUGACAGCUGUGAUCAUUGCAUUUAAAAGCUAGCGAUUGUUGACGUCCUAUUAACAUACUAAAUGCUGUGAGUAGACAGGGACACGGGGAGAUCUGUGGGGAACGGCACAGCAUCACAGAAGGGCUUCAUCUGAUUUUUUUCUUUGAUUUUUCAGGAGAUUUUGAAACUCCAUAGCGUGUGUGUGACGUGCUUGAUUCAUCUUGUCUAACAUCUUUUGCAUGAUUUAAAGUCAUCGACAGAUACAUAACUUUUUUUGUUUUAGUUUAAAGAUGGGACAUGACCACAGAGAGCAAAAACACUAUUGUUUUUUAUGUAGUGUAUUUCCCUGUCUUGCACGAAUAGCUCAACUAAAAGCAGGACUUUAGGACGAACACUUUGGUUGUUUUAUGUGCCCAUUUAUUCUGUUUGAUGAACUACAUUUUGUGCUAAAUAAACAUUUUCUCUUCAGCCAUUUUGCGUGUUCAGGAAAAGAUUUAGCCUUUAAUUUCGUCUCUUCUCCAAAAAGAUGUUAAUUCUCAACUACGUGUAUGUACAAUUUUGUAAUAGGAGCACAAAAUGUUUCCUAUAUUUUUUGAUAAUAAAAAUACACAUCAGCUCAAGUGUAAGUUAGCUUUUCGUGUGUGACAAAAUAUACUGGAUGAAUCUCCCUCAAGUAUACAUUUGUGUAAAUAAAAUAGGGACUUUCCUCUCGUAAAUGGCUAAUAUGACAACACUAAAUGCCUUGGGUUGAAAUUGGGGCUCAUUUGUUUGGUUUCUUAAAAAUAAUGCAGCGUUUUAUCUUUGGUCAGUCAGACUCACGUGUUUUUUGUUGUACACUUUCACUCAUUAAAACUUUGACAAUUUGUUGAAGACUGGAAACUUAUUUUAUUUUUCUUUAUUUUCUAGUUUUUCUGUAGUUUUUCUUUGAUUUUUUCCUUUUUUGAGGUAAUAUUAAUAAUGAAAAUCCUCACACAUUCUAUGCAAAACGUGUGGUUGUAGAGAGGAAUUUAUUGAUGCAAAGAAACAUGUCAGCUGUCUAUAUUACAUUUAUUAUACUUAAUGUAUACCGGUUUGUAUUUAUGAAUUGAGUUGCAACCUAAACUGAAACAAUAAACUUGAUCAAAGAAAA